AUGUCUUGUUUUAAACUACCUAAGAGUGUUACUUCAGAUCUAGAAUCUCUGUUAAUGAACUUCUGGUGGGAGAGAAAUUCAAAUAAACGAGGUAUACCAUGGAUUGCAUGGAACAAGCUUAAGCUGUCAAAGAAAGAAGGUGGAUUAGGAUUUAGAGAUUUGGAGAAAUUUAAUGAUGCUCUUCUUGCAAAACAAGCAUGGAGACUAAUUCAACAUCCAAAUUCAUUAUUUGCAAAGGUGAUGAAGGCACACUACUAUAAAGAUGAUCCUGUUCUAGAUGCAAAACCUCGCAAGAAUCAAUCAUAUGGUUGGUCUUUUCUACUACUAGGCCUUGACCUUAUAAAGAGAGGAACCAGAUACAUCGUUGGAGAUGAAAAAUCGAUUCGGGUUGGUAUUGAUAAUGUCCUUCCAUCUCAUCCUCCUCGUCCCGUUACACAUCAGUCUCCUGACCCCAAUCUUUCAAUAGACCAUUUUAUUGAUGCCGGAGGUAGCUACCGUUCAUGGGAUACAUCAAAAAUUGCAUCAUUGAUCACUGCUGAAGAUG